UUUACUGCUUGUUAUUUCUUUUUCUGUGUCUGCUUUUCCUUUAAAGAAGCACAUUUAUAUUUAUAUCACAUAACAAUGGAAGAUGAUGAAAUAAUUCCUUCUCCAACCCCCUCACCCCCAAGGAAGGAUGAAAAAAAGAUGAGGUCUAUCAAAAGCUGGAAAACAGUUCUGGUUGAAGGAAAUAUUGGAUGUGGAAAGUCAACAUUCCUAAACUAUUUUAAAAAGUACAGUAAUGUUACGGUUUUGGCCGAACCUGUUGGAAAAUGGACAGAUGUUAUGGGUUAUAAUGCACUUGAGCUAAUGUAUAAAGAUGCCCCGCGCUGGAGCUGUGCUUUCCAGUUCCUUGUCACACUUUCAAUGUUGGAACACCAUAAACUACCAGAGAAACCAUACUCAGUAAAGAUGAUGGAGAGGUCAAUCUACAGCGCGAGGCAUUGUUUUAUCGAAAAUUUAAAACAAAAUUCGAUAAUGCCAGAUGUUGACCACUCUAUACUUACAGCCUGGCACAACUGGGUGGAUGUUAAUGAAGAUGUCCAGGUAGAUCUGAUAGUUUACUUGAGAGCAACACCAGAGGUUUGUGCUAACAGAAUCAAAACGCGAAACAGGUCGGAAGAAUCAGGAGUCCCCAUCGAGUAUUUAAAGGCUCUCCAUGUUCUUCAUGAUGAUUGGCUCCUGCAUAACAAGCGAGGAAAACUCCCAGCCCCAGUUCUGGUGAUAAAUGCUGAUAAAGGUUUGGAAGAUCUUCAGCAAGAAAUUGAAGGGUUGAGUCAGGAUAUUCUUUUAGAUUUGUUACCAUAUAGAGACAAUCAAGAAGAAGAAUGCAGGUAG